AUGUAUUAUGUAACAUUGCAACGACGAUUAUUAAAUGAAUUUUUUCAUGUUUCUCGACCAACAUUUGUUAUUCCAAUAUUUCGAGCACCAACUACAACAUCAACUAUUAAAACUACAAUAAAUACAACAAUAUCAAGUACUAAUAAAAUUUUCUCAUCUGUUUUAAAACAACAACAAAAACAAACUGAUGUUACAACUACUUUACCUUCUUAUUUGAAGAAUCGACAUAUAUUGGAAAAUCUUGUUUUAACAAAUACUAUUGUGGCUGCUUUUUGUAUCGUUCUCAUGAUAACAUUGAUUGGAUUUCUUAUUUUUCUUCUCAUACCGUCAAUUCGACAUCGAUGGCUUUAUGGUCAAGAAAAAAAAGAAGAAAAACAUGAAGAUAUAUCAACAUUAAGUCGACAACCAUCAUUGCAUCAAUUUACAUUAGGUUCAUCUCGAUUUAAUCCAUUAUUUGAAUCAACAAUAGGUACAACAACAACAACUCCAUUUGGAACAUUAUUUCAUCCUCAUACAGCAACAGCUACUCUUCUUCAUCCAACUUUUUGGACACCGAUGACAUCAACAUCUGUUAUUUCAACUCCUGUCAUAUCUCAACAACCAGAUAUAUCGUCACCACCACCAGCACCGCCGAGAAUAAAAACAAAAGCAACAACGCCAAUGACACCACGAUCACCAUAUCCUACAACAACACUACCGAGAUUACCAAGAAAAUAA